AAUGUUUGUUUACUAUGACGGUACAUGCUUUGCGUCAUUUAUGAUUAUUAAUGUAUAUCCUCGAAUGACUACGGUGUUCUUAUGGCUGGGGUAGAUGAACGUGUAUUAUAUCAUCGACAUAUUCUCCUUUCUGUUCUUGUUGGGCUUUUUGUAAUUUCUGUAGUAGGUGUUUGUAUUUCGAUUAUAAUAAUUAGCCCACCGAGAGGAGAAGAAGAAGAGUUCUCUGGAAGAAAAAAUGUAUUAUUAAUUAUUAUUGAUGAUCUGAGGCCUGCACUUGGUUGUUAUGGUGAUGAAAAAUCUGUAACUCCUAAUAUAGAUCAACUAGCUUCAAAAAGUGUGUUAUUCAAGAAUGCAUAUACCCAGCAAGCACAUUGUGCUUCAAGCCGCACAUCUUUCUUGACAAGCCGCAGGCCUGACAGCUUACAUCUCUAUGAUGGUGGCAGUUAUUGGCGGGAAUCUGUUGGAGACUUUAUGACACUUCCUCAACAUUUGAAAGACCAUGGUUAUGAAACUAUAAGCAUGGGAAAAAUAUUUGAACAUGGUAUUGUAUCUAACUGGACUGAUGAUUUUCCAAAUAGCUGGUCAGAAUAUCCAUUCAGACCUUUGACCUUCGACAAAGAAAUGGAACCGGUAUGCAAUUCAACAGAUGGAAAACGAAUGAAUUUGGUGUGUCCUGUAGAUAUAAAUGAUGGGGAUGUUGGUACUUUACCUGAUAUAGAAAUCACACAACAUGCAAUUGAUUAUUUAAAGAAUAGAACAAAAGGACCAAAUAAGUCCUCACCAUUCUUCCUUGGAGUAGGUUACUAUAAACCUCAUAUACCUUUCAAAUUUCCUAGUCAGUAUUUAGAUUUGUAUCCUGUUGGAUCAAUGGAUGUUGCACUCAAUAAUGUUGUACCAAAGAAAUUACCUAAAAUAUCUUGGAAUCCUUGGAUGGAUAUUAGACAGCUAGAUGAUAUUAAAAACUUGAACAUUAAUUUUCCGUAUGGACCUCUUCCUGAGUCUUAUCAGAAACUAAUACGGCAAGGUUAUUAUGCUUCUGUAUCUUAUAUUGAUGAUCAAGUAGGACAGUUACUAGAAGCUCUUGAAGAAAGUGGAUAUGCUUCCCAAACAGUUGUCGUUUUACUUGGAGAUAGUGGGUGGGCUCUAGGAGAACAUCAGGAAUGGUCAAAAUACAGCAACUUUGAAGUUGCUCUUAGAGUGCCUUUGCUGGUUUUUGUUCCAGGCCUUACAUAUGACACAGAUGAGAAGAAACCAUUCAAAUACAUACCGGUUAUGGAAUAUGUGCAUUUGAAAAGCAGUGCAAUAUCAAAUACAAAUGUAAAUGUUACUUAUUCUCCAUUUUCUUCAAAAUAUGUAACUGAAGAAUUUGUUGAAUUGGUUGAUGUUUAUCCUACAAUAUCAGAGAUUAUUGGUAUAGCUGUUCCACCUUUAUGUAAAGUGUAUUCCACACCAUUUUGUUCUGAAGGUAUUAGUUUCUAUCCAUUAAUAGAACAUUUAACAUUUGAUCCAUGGGUUGAAUUUUCAUGGAAAACUGCUGCAUUCAGCCAAUGUCCAAGACCAUCGCUAGUUGCUCAAAAUAAUAGCGAUAAUCCAUCUAGAGAACAUAUAAGAUUCAUGGGAUAUUCUGUUAGAACAGCUCAUUUUCGUUACACAGAGUGGGUUAGAUUUGAUGCUAAAAAUUUCAAGCCAGACUGGCCAGUGAUUAUAUCUAGGGAACUGUAUGAUUAUAGACAUGAUCCCUUUGAAAUUAAUAAUGUUUGCGAUGAAGAUAAUUAUGCUAACACGGUAAUAGAGUUAUCUAGAAUGAUUAAAAAGGGCUGGCGUCAUGCUAUGCCACCAGGUUCUUUUGAUAGUCCAGCCUCUGUUGGCCAUUCUAGAUUUCGAAGCCCGAGGAUUCGGCAGUACUCAUUGUGAAUUGAGGGAUUUGUAUUCAUAUCUUAGUUCCUUUUUUGUCUUUUCAUGAGAAAACUUAGCAGAUAAGUUUUUUUAUUUUUACAUUGAUGUGUUGUGGCAUCUAUUUUUUAAGUUGUUAAUAUGCAUGCUAAACUGCUAAAUAUAUCUAGUCAUUUUGUUUUAUGAUUCAGAAAAGUCCAGGAAAUAUUAAAAUAUAGUUUCAAAAACCACGACUCAUGUGAUAAUUCAUAGAGUUCCUAAAUAUUAAAACAUAGUUUCAAAAACCACGACUCAUGCUACUUCAUAUGGUUCCUAAAUCUUGUACACCAUAAAAGUUUUAAUUGGAAAUUUUCUGGCUUUGCUUUUGAAAAUUUAGGAUUAUUUACUAGUUGGCCUCUGUGUAAGUCUCAUAUCCUAAUUUAAAGGUUUGAGAAUUGUCAUGUAUUUUUUAAUUGCUCAAAUCAUAUUGUUUACAAAGACUGAAAUAUUUAUUUUGUUUUUCCUAUUUUGAUAACAAUUUUUCUGAAAAAUUUUUCAGUAAACUGCUUUCUUUUAAUUCACAUAAAUUUUUGUUCUUCAUAAUGUAUAUUUUACACAUGUUCAAAUAUACCAAAUAAGCAUUAAGUACAAAUGUAAUAAUUGUUUUUAAUCAACUUUUUAUGUUGAAAGUUUAUGUAAAUAUAAACUGUGGUACUAAAACUGAUAUCUAAUAACUAAUUUGAUGUACAGAAAUUAUUUUUUUAAUUAUAAUUAUAUAGGAUAUUUUUAUACAAUCUAGUCAUGAUCUUUAAAUGUAAAUGUGUAUGGCAAGUUAUUAUUGCUUUGUUUUGAUCUAGUGAUUAUGUUGAUUAAAGUUUUUUAAAUGCUUUUUAUAAGGUUCUCAUUAAGUCAGUGAUUAUAUAUUUAAGAUGAUUUUAUAUUAAUAUCCAGGAAGAUUGUUAUUUUGGUUGAUUAUUAAUUUUUAUUUACUCAUUUAGGUGUUUUAAAUGCUUGUUUGUGUGUAUCAUUAAGCCAGUGAUAAUUUAUUUCAACUAAUUUUAACCCUCUGAGUGGCAUAUCUCCUUGGAUGUUCUCAGAAAGAACUGUAUUUAAACAACAUUAAUUAGUUAAAUUUGCAUGAUUAUUUAUUAUAGUUUCUGUAUUUAAACAGCAUUAAUUAGCUAAUUGGAUUGGAUUAUUCAAUUAUGGCAAAGCACGCGAGGGCUAUCUGCCUAAAGGGAGG